AUGGCCAUUGAGCAACCUCGGGGUCCAGGGAAGAUUAUGAACACCUUCAAGGAUAUCUGCGACGUGUUCUAUGGGGUUGCAUUGAUACAACGAUAUCAACGAUGUUAUCUACUAAGAAAGGAAGGCGACCUUGAUAAUGCAUACGCACCAGGAAGACGAGGGGCAAGAGAUGGUAUCAGCCAGUGGCCACCGUUACUUGAACACAAUUGGAGAGCUGGAACCCAGACUGCCCGGCGACAAAGGGUUUUACAUGAUUGCGAAUUGUGGUAUCACUGGGAGUAUGUUCUCAGAGCGACGUUUGACGAGGGUAGCGAGAAAGACAGCAAGUAG